GGGAUGUGACCCAGAUCCUUUCACAACAACCCUUGCAGUAAAAUUCUGCUUCCUCCAGGGUCAUUUCCAAGCAGGACGCUGGUGUGCCUUGCUCCAUCUCCUGGUUUGUGCAGCCAGAUGUUCAAGAUGCAGAUCCUGUGGGCGAUGCUGAUCUGCCUGGCUGGACGGCAGCUUGCAAGUGCCACACUCUGCGAGACCUACAGCGCCAUCCCAGGAAUCCCAGGGUCACCAGGACGUCCUGGCAGCAACGGCAGAGAUGGGGAGAAAGGCCUAAAAGGCGAGCAAGGUCCCCCUGGUGAGGUGGAGCAUGAAGGAGACAGAGGGGAUAAGGGAGACCAAGGAGAACCAGGGCACCCUGGGAAGGUCGGGCCCUGGGGUCUCCCAGGUUCACCAGGAUUACCAGGUCUUGCGGGACUCCCUGGCCCUCAGGGGGAUGCUGGGGACUACAAGGCCACUGUCAAGUCUGCCUUCUCAGCUUCCAGGACCAUCAGCUCAUACCCACGCCGGGAGCAGCCCAUCCGCUUCGACCGCAUCAUCACCAACGAGAAGGGCCACUAUGAGAACCGGUAUGGCCGCUUCAUCUGCCAGGUCCCGGGCAUCUACUACUUCACCUACCAUGUCACCUCCAGGGGCAACCUGUGCCUCAGUGUGAAGAAGGGCCGGGGGGGCAGCAGGGGUGAGAAGGUGGUGACCUUCUGCGACUACGUGCAGAACAGCUACCAGGUCACCACAGGCGGCGUGGUCCUCCAGCUGGCAGCAAAUGAGUCUGUCUGGCUGGAGCCAACAGAGAAGAACUCCUUGAUGGGGAUUGAAGGGUCUGACAGCAUCUUCUCUGGCUUCCUCAUCUUCCCCGAGGCUUAGGCCACUGACAGAGUCUCUCUAUAGACCUUCCCUUGCUGCCUUUUGGCCCCUGCAGGGCAGAGGACUACCCCGAAAAGGUCUCUUUGCUCCACAUUGAGUGCUCUAAGGCCGUUGUUAGAGCACUUGCCCAUUAAAUGAGAGGUCCUUGUGCUGCUGGUUUCUUCCUGCCUAGGAUUUCCCUCUUUGCCCCCAAACAAUGCUCAGAUCCCCAGGCAUUACCUUCCUCGCCCCUGGGUCCAGCCUAGACUCGUUAGUAUCUCAUUAGUGCUGAGCAAAGCCACUCAAUAAAUGCAGUGC